UAACCCUUUCUAUCCCUCGUUAUCGGGGAAAAAACGUGGCGCUAUCGUCAUCGGGGAGGAUUCUGGUCAAACUUGGGACUUUUGACGAGUAGAAGGCACAGAGCGGUGUUAGCUGAUUCAAUGGAAGUUGCUGAUUCACCACAGCGCGGGGAAUUACUCCAAUUCAACACGUGGAGCGCUAGCGGUGGUCUCGCGACCAGGAUGUCUCACGUGACUCCAAUGGCGACAACUAGCUCCCUCACUUCUACAGCGAGUUUUGGUAGCAAGAGAAGCAGUGCUCGGUGUGAGGCGGAGCUGAUUCAUGCCCGAGGUCGGAUCUCCCAGCUGGAGCUGGAGCUAGAGAUGACCAAGACUCGGCGUGCUGUCAAGAGAGCCAGAACUGACCACUCCGAUGAAGAAGAGGGUGAAAUGUUAGUGACUCAGUCAUCUGCCACCAGUCAGGAGCUGCAGCGACUUCACGCAUUGGAUGAGGAGAGGCAGGGUCUUGCCGAGCAGCUGGCUGAGUCCCAGGAAAAGCUGAGAGAGCGGGAGAGAGAGGAGGGAGAAGAGAUGGCCAGGCUGCGGGCUCUUCUUGCCGACCUGGAGAGGAAAGAGAGGGAAAGAACCAGCUCCAUGGAAGAGUUGCAUGCGGAGGUGUGCUCGCUGAGCAACGAGAACCGUCUCCUGUGUCGGCAGCUGGAGGUGGCCCGGAGAGAGAUGGAGGUGGUGAGGACUAGUCUGGAGGAGCAAGUCAGGGCUGAGGCCACUGCUGCUGGAGACCUCAGGGAGAGAAUGACUGGACUUGCCGGUGUUCGGGAGAAAUGGGAGGCAGAACAAGAGAGAGUUAAGGAGUUGCAGCACAAGUUGAGGCAAGCGAAACACGACAUUCAGUUUGCAGAGUCGGUCCAGAGCAACCUCCUGCACGGAGAGUCCGUGGAGAGAGAAAUGCGACAGCUGCGUGAGGAGAACGCGGCUCUCAGAGGCCACGCAGACAACGUGGGUCUGAUGCGGUACCAGCUCCAGACACUGAGGGAGCAGGUGGAACGGAACAGGGACAUGGAGCGGAAGGCCGUGAGACUGGAAGAGGAGAACAAGCUGCUUCGUGAGCGGCUCACAAGCAGCGGAGACGAGGAGUCUACAACAGGAAGCAGGUGUAUAAUAUUAUACAGACAAGGUGCUAUUGUUUAAUACUGUUUUGAAUAUUUGUGUGUUAACCAUCGGUAUGCAUUAUAUUACAGUUUUUGUUUUUUAGUGUGUUCUGAGUAAUUGACUGUAAAGGUGUGUUGUAUUAGAUGUACAGGGAUGCAGAGUGAGCUGAUAGUGCUGCGGAGAAGGGAGAUGGUGCUAGUGAGUCAGGUCGGAGAGCUGGAGUCACGGUUGAAGCUGGUCCAGAGAUCUGCUGACAGAGCAGAGUCCCUGGCCUCAGAGAGGCAGAGUCAACUGGCCAGAGAACAGGAGGAGUGUAAGAUGAGGGGAGAGAAAAUCCAGAGGUUGGAGAAAAGACUACUGUUUGUCAGCAAGCUCCGUGAUGGCUGUGUGAAUGUUCUGAAUUCCUAUCGACUGGAGUCUGGGGUCGACGCUCUGCUCAAACAGAACCUUGCAGAGGUAGAGAGACAGUUGGCCAGUGCUAAUGAGAGAAUAGCUGAGCUGGAGGUUGAGGUGGAGACUCUUUCCUCAGUCAAAGAAAAGCCGUAACUCGAUAAUUAUGGACUCUCUGCUAAUGAUAGGGAGCUCGUUGCAGAUCUCAAGAUUUCUCAAUGUUGCGCAAGACGUUAUAAAAACCAAUGAAAGACUGUGCAAUCUGGAAUACUCUUGUAUAUAUUGCUUGGGAAAUGUGUAUUUAUAAUAUAUUCACUGGUCAUUUUAUCAAUGAAAUAACAUCAUGGAAGAGGUUUUAGAUCUGGUUCCAGCCAGUCAUUCCUGGCCUCGCUGGAAUGGACUCUGGACAGGGAGUAGUGGUGGGAGAGAAGCUGGGGGUCAGAAAGGUGAGGACAGGCCUCCAGAAACUCCUCAAAUGUCCUGCAGCUGCUGUUUGUCAGCUCUAUUGCAGUGUGGACCAUGUGGAUGAAGAACAUAGUGAUUGUCUCGUUGUACACGUUCUUCACCUUCCCAUAGUUCUGGUCAAUGUAGUUCCUGAUCCCCUGCCUGAUUAUGGGUGUGGCUUUAUCUUUCCCGUGGAGAGUCAGGUAGUUCCAGGCCAUUCUCAAGUGAGCCUAAAUAGAGAGAGAGGGGGGGUGAGGAAGAGAGGUGGGAGUAAAGAGGAACAUAGGAAAGAAAUGGAGGAGGAAAAAGAGAGGUGGCAAAGGAGUCGUGUAAUUGGUAUGUUAGGUA